GAAUUGGAGUCCUCCUUGACCGCAAUGAGACGCGCACACAGGACAGGAGGAGGACAUGGUGUUCAUGAUUAAGACUUGACGUUUUUACACGGUAAAGAGAGAUAAAGUAUUCUCCUAACUGAAGAACAGCGGUGAGGACUGCAGCCAUGGACUCAUUCAAACAACAGAAAGUGGAGGAUUUCUAUGAAAUUGGUGAAGAGUUGGGAAGCGGGCAGUUUGCCAUCGUGAAGCAAUGCAGAGAGAAAAGCACGGGUCUGGACUUUGCUGCCAAGUUCAUCAAGAAGCGUCAGAGCAUGGCCAGCUCUCGAGGCGUGCGGCGCGAGGACAUCGAGCGGGAGGUGGACAUCCUGCAGCAGAUUCAGCACCCCAACAUCGUCACGCUGCACGACGUCUACGAGAACCGCACCGACGUGGUGCUCAUCCUGGAGCUGGUCUCUGGAGGUGAGCUCUUUGACUUCCUGGCACAGAAGGAGUCUCUGAGCGAGGAAGAGGCCACUCAGUUCAUAAAGCAAAUCCUCGAGGGGGUCAACUACCUCCAUGCCAGGAAAAUAGCCCACUUUGAUCUCAAGCCGGAAAACAUUAUGCUGCUGGACAAGAAUGUGCCGCUGCCGAGAAUCAAACUCAUUGAUUUCGGUCUUGCCCACGAGAUUGAAGCCGGGGUUGAGUUCAAAAACAUCUUUGGAACACCUGAGUUUGUAGCACCGGAGAUUGUCAACUAUGAGCCACUAGGAUUAGAAGCAGACAUGUGGAGCGUUGGGGUCAUCACCUACAUCCUGCUGAGCGGUGCUUCACCUUUCCUGGGGGAGACCAAACAGGAGACAUUGGAAAACAUUUCAGCCGUAAAUUAUGAGUUUGACGAGGAGUUCUUCUGUCACACCAGUGAGCUGGCCAAGAAAUUCAUCAGCCAGUUGUUGGAGAAGGACAAGAAGAAAAGAUUAACAAUUCGAGAUGCUCUAAAUCACCCAUGGAUCAAGUCCAACGAGCACAAGGAGGAAAAUAAAGCCCAGGAGCCGAGGAAACGGGAGCGUCGCCAGCUGAAGACCAAGCGCCUGAGAGAGUACACUAUCAAGUCCCACUCGAGCAUGCCGCCCAACAACACCUACGUAAACUUUGAGCGCUUUGCCCAGGUGGUAGAGGACAUAGACCAGAUGGAGAGCUCGUUCGUUAGCCUGGCAGCAGCCCACGACUCUCUGCAGGAAGACAUCGAUGCCAUGGUCUCCAUAUACAACGAGAAGGAGGCCUGGUACAAGGAGGAGAGCGAAGAUGUGCGCCACGAGCUCUCGCAAAUCCGCUACGAGUUCCGCAAGGUGGAGGCCUUUAAGAGGAGCCUGCAGGACGACAUGCAGGCUUUCAGCUCCAGCCUCGGGGCCGUCAGCAGCCGCUACCAGGAGAGACAGAGCCACUUCGACGCGCUGCGUCUGGAGCUCGGCAACGAGCUGAAAUGGGUGCAGGAGGUGAUGGGUUCAUUUCCCACGGACGGCGGUGGCGGAGGAUACCCCAACUGCAGCUUCUCCACCGUCUUCAACAACGACGUGAACGAAGCCCUGAAGGAGCUGCUGAACCGCUCGUGUGGAGGAGAGCUGCUGUCCGGGAUCAAUCUGGACUUUGAAACCGGACAGCAACGAUGAAUGCUUUACAGUUAUUAGAAAAUCAGGUUACACUUUACUUGAAGGUAUCUACAUAAGAGUGACAUGACACUGUCAUGAACACAUGAACACAUGAACACAUGAAC